ACACAUCGUUUUCAUGACUGUUGUUAGCUGUUGUGGAUGCAGUUCUGCGCCUGCACAGCAGUGGGCGGUGUCGCCGGUUUGUUGUCGUGAUUGAAAAAAGACGUUAACGUUUUUCAGCAGUCGUAUUCCGUAACGAGGUAAACAAGAUGGCGUCUGGUAGCGGGUCCAGUAAGAAUGACUUCCGUCGGAAGUGGGACAAGGACGAGUAUGAAAACCUGGCACAGAAACGUCUGGUGGAGGAGAGAGAAAAGGACAGAGAGAGGAGAGAUGGUAACAAAAUAAAUAACAAUUGGGCUCAUGGGAAAACAGUGCCGCCAGUUAAGCGGGACCUCCUGCGUCACAGGGACUAUAAGGUGGAUUUGGAGUCCAAGCUGGGGAAGACCAUUGUCAUCACCAAGACCACUCCCCAGGCUGAGAUGGGGGGCUACUACUGUAACGUCUGUGACUGUGUGGUGAAAGACUCCAUCAACUUUUUGGAUCACAUUAAUGGCAAAAAACACCAGAGGAACCUGGGCAUGUCCAUGCGGGUGGAGCGCUCGUCUCUGGAUGCGGUGAAGAAACGUUUUGAGGUGAACAAGAAAAAGCUGGAGGAAAAGCAGAAGGAGUACGACUUUGAAGAGCGCAUGAAGGAGCUGCGGGAGGAGGAGGAGAAGGCGAAGGCCUACAAAAAGGAGAAGCAGAAGGAGCGGAAGCGCCGCGCGGAAGACGACGUAGACUUUGAGGAAGACGACGAGAUGGCGGCAGUGAUGGGUUUCUCAGGCUUUGGCUCGUCCAAGAAGAGUCACUGAUCACACCUCACAGCACAAACUGGUUUGUCUCCAGGUGGCAUUUUGGAGCAGAAUCCAACUGUAAACACAGGACGGUGAAUCCUGCUGCAGGAUGCGGUCGUUGGUCCAAAGCUCUGGAGCCGUUUAUCACCCUGGAUCAGACGUUUUAUUUAUAGCCAGGCUCUUAUUUUGGAAGUCAGUUUUGAUGCUUUUUAAUCCAGAGGCUUCCUGUCAGCGAUAAUUUAUGUGCAUCAAACACAUCAGGUCAAAGGUGUUUUAGAAAUGUUUCAGCUGAAGCUGGUAAAGCAUCCGAACUGACAGUGGCAAAGACAGAAAAGAGACCAAACACAAAAGCUUCCUUGAGUGUAACAUGUUUAAGUUCACACAAUAAUUUGAUGUUUUUUUCAUCUUAAAUUUGAAGUAAUUAAAAGUUUUCAAAAGUGAAUUCUAAAAUCCACAGGUUGAAUUUAAAUGUGUUAAAUCUUUAUUUUUGACAUGAGCUAAAAAAGAAAAGCUCCAUGAGCCAUUUUUUUUUUAAAAUAAAUACUGUUGUUUUUGUUGUA